GCCAUUCCUUCCCUUUUGCAUUUCAAAUGCAUGCAAUCACACAGCAACACGCGUAUCAAUGUCCGUAUCUCUCUCAGUUUUAGCAACCGAGAGAGAGAGGGUUUGAAGAAGAAGGAAUGUCUUAGCCUGUUUGAAAGUUUCAAGAAAAUAUCCAUAGCAAUGGCGCCAGGGAGAAGGGGAAGAAGAAAGAGAGGAGGAGGAGUAGAAGCAGCUGCUGCUGAAGAAACUCAUCAAGAUUCUUGCCGUCUCUCUCAUAGCUCCACCAACCCAAAAACUUCCCAUGAUCAUCAGGAAUUUGUAGCAGCUUCUCCAGCAUCUCCCAGAUACCCAACGAGACGCUCCAGAGCAUUUCUUGCUGAAUGUGCUACUCUGAGGCAUCCUGUUCGAAGUGUCUAUAUUCCGAGCAGUCAGUCUCAUAGCGUGACCCAGGCAACAAGAAUUCUGAAUGAAACAAAUGAUGGCACAAGCGAUGGAGUUGAUUCAAUUACUUCACAACAGCCUCCUCGACAUUCAGUAUGUGAAACCUAAUGCACUGGCUUAUGAUAUAUUUAUUUUGAUUUGUGCAUCUCUAUGUUGUUCUUGUUUGAUCUGUGCUUCCCUCCCAAGGUUUGGAUUCUGUCUUGUCUAGCUCUGAUAAUGAUGCAAUAGUUGACUUGCCAUGGCGACAAAAUGCUCUCUCUUGAUGUCAAUCGUGCAAAAUUCAUAUGAUGCUAGGCAACAUUGUCUCAGUUUCAGUACAUGCAGGUCGUCUCUGAUUCAGCUGUCAUUUCAAGUCCAGAUGAAGGCACGUUGCGGUAUCGGUAUGAGAUUGGCGAUUUGAAGUUGAUAAGCAAGGAUAAUGCUGCACCGAAUGUUGACAAGUUUGUUUCACCUGGAUCUACUGAUCAGUCUGCUCCUGUUAGUAAGCAUUGGCUGUACCUUGAUAAUCUCAAUACCAAUUUGAUUUCACAAUGUCAAGGACCUCAAGACGUUCUUGACGUGCAUCGGCCUGUAAGCGAAAGUUGCAGAGUGCCCCAUGGUGAGGAAAGACCAGAAAGAGCACCACUGACUAUGUUCCUAGAAAAAGCCAGAGCUUCUCAUAGCAUUAACCUCACUGAGUUUGCAAGAAGGCUCCAAGAGGACUUAGAUGAUGAUCCUGAGGAAGUUGAGUCUGCUAUUGAUCCUGCCUUUGACUGCAUAUACGGGCACAGGGUAAAGAUAGAGAUUGCUCCAUUGCUUAGAGUUAUCUUCGAAAAAUAUGGUGAUAUUACUAGUGAAAGUGAUGUUGGAUCUGACACCAUUCUUGCAUUCUUCCUUGAACGUCUAUGUGCUAUUUAUAGAAGACUAGAGCAGACUUCAUUCUUAGAUAUCACAAAUAUAGAGCUCAAUGACAUGCUUGACCAAGUUCGUCUUUUUGAGCGUGAGAAACUGAAUGUUGGGUGGCUUCGUGAGAAGCUAGAAUAUAUUUCUCAAACCAAGAUCGGUUUCCAAGAAUACUUGAGGUUUAAGGAAGACGAGGCAAAACAUGAUGCAUCCAUUGGGAGCCUGGAGAAGGAGUUGGUUGUUUAUCAGAGAGAACUUUCUGAUCUGCAGCAGAAGAUUUCUUUGGUGGAACAGAAGAUCUCUGCAGCAGAAGAGGAUUUGGUAGCAAAAAGGGCCAAGGCUGAUCAGACCAGAAAAGUGGCUUCUGAUGUCAAGGCUAGAGUAAACACUCUCUGGAAGCAAACUUUGGUGCACGGCCUGCUCUAGUCUGCUGCCCGAUACCAUCUAUUGCCAACACAUGUGUAUCUCAGAAAAAAUAUCAAAAUAACAAUCUGCCCCACUAGUUUGAAUAUACUACAUUGUUUCUCCAGGAACAUCGGAUGAUCAUCUUGUUGGAUGCUGCAACCCAGAGUGACGUGAAGACCAACAACAACAGGAAGAUGUAUGCUACAGUCCAUGGAACUAGAUGAAGUAUAAACAUGGAGAAUCUGAACAGCUUUGGUUGCAUUAUUUCUGUUUGGCCAUAUAUCAGAAACUAGACACGGAUCCACGUAAAACUAAGUUAGAAAUGCUGUACCUUAGAAAAGGUAUUGGAUGUCCGUAUACUAACCGGAACUUCCUUUCUUGUACUUCUUUGGUGAUCUUUAAUUUCUCUUUAAAUGAUUUCAACUACUG